AAGGGCGUCUGUGUUGACACGAAGAUCCAUGAAAGUAGCGUAUAGAAAGCAAAUCUGAACCCUCUCAUCUAGGGUCUCUCUAAGUUCCUUUUCUGGGUUAAAUAACUUAUACCCAACUUCAUAUUUUUGAUUUUUCCUUCUGUUAAUUUCUUAUAGUUAGAUCUGUAUAAGUUUCUUGUUUUGUGAGUAAUUGUAUGAGAUCUUUCAAAUUAACUUGUUGAUUUAUGUUUCAACUUUCUCAAGUAAAUUAAUCUGGUAUAUAUAGCUGUUAUUUUUUGUUGUUUGUUCUAACAAGUUUCAGGCUAUUGAUCGGGUUAUUAUAGAUCAUCGCCUCUGUUUUCUUGUUGAAGAUUUAAACAAUCUGACUAUGGAUGCAGCUCUGGUACCAUAUUCGUCACUAGACCAAUCAGUUUCUCCCUACAAGCAAAUCAAAACCCCAAGGAAAAGCGCUCGCGCUUUCAUUUCUAAGCCCUCUAAAAAUCUCUCCCCGACAAACGUCCAUGGCGGUCUCUUGCUGCACCACCACCCUCCUCCUCCGCUCUCAGCCUCAAUAUUCUUCAGCCACUCAUUUCAACCACAUCAUCAACAACAACAACAACAACCACCUCUUCUUCCUCUACCAACUCCCAUAGCCCACCAGUACUCUCUUCCUUCUCGAACCCGAAAGCCGAACAACAAACGCAGGGAGCAGUCCCUGACUCCAAAGAAAUCAAAGCCCACAAAGAGAGAGGAUCCGAAUAAGCAAGACUUGGCGCCGUCGACUAGGCGAGCUGUUUCCGAGUGUUUGAUGGUGGCUUCCACUAAGCCGUUAGGGCCCGACCCGAAUGAUCUACCCAAGGAUGUUUCUCGGGUAUUCUCGUCAACGGCGGCGGGGGAUAAGAGUUUCGGAAAGGUCCUCGCCAUAGAAGAGUUGGAGAUGUUUUCGGGUACAGUAUUUAGUCUGGCUCCGCCUCCGAGUAGCUUGCCGCUGCCCAAGUUUUCUCUGAGGCCAAAGCUUUGUUGCAACGCUGAGGCUGCCGGAAUCGAUGCCGGAGCGACAGAUAAUCUCCGGCGUAUGUUACGUCUCCGGUGAAGUUGUUGCCAUUUUGGUUUGUCGUUUGGUCUUAUGUGUAAAUAAAAGCAUCAGCCUGGGUGUUUUUUUUGCUGAUUGUGCUGUAAUAUUUCUUUUUCUUUUUUUUGGAUGAAUUUGUGAUCACCACCUGUGUUUUUGAAUUGGGGUGCACACAAACAUACGAGGACGAUCGGGUCCUUGGGACUAGGAGAACACCUGACGGUCUAUUUUGUUUUUCUUUUGUUUUUUUAGUUGAAUAAUAUUAUGUACUUUUCCUUUUUGCAUGAAAUAAAAUAAGUAUUUUUCUGAUCA